AUGACUAUAAAAAUAAUGCUACAAUGGAUGGUAAUGUUAGUUGUUCUAACCACUCAAGUACAAGCUUCACAAACAGACUGUCCAGAAUCUUGUAUGUGUCUAGGAGAAUUUGUACAAUGUCAAAAUCUGAGUGAUCAUGCUACAUUCCCAUCUGGAACUGAAACUAUUCUAAUUGAACGAGCCAAUAUAAAGGAAUUACAUGUCAGCCAUUUUGCUGGAUUAGAAUCUCUGAAAGUAAUCGAAUUUCGAGAAAACAGUAAAAUUUCCAUUAUCAAUUCUAAUGUUUUUUCGAAUUUGAAACAUUUAGAUGGAAUUUUCAUCUCUGAUACAAACAUUGGAACCAUUAAGGAGAACGCUUUUUACAAUUUAUCUCACUUGCGAACCCUAGAUAUACACCAUUCAAACAUCUCAAAUAUAGAGACUAAAGCAUUCAACAAAUUAUCUCAAAUUUCCCGAAUCGAGUUGGCUUCAAAUAAUAUAACGUCCAUAUCAUCCUCUGCCUUUCAUGAUAUCACCGAAAUCAAGUCAUUCGUAUUGUAUCUGAAUGAAAUGAAAGAAUUCCAAACCGAUACUUUCCAGAAUAUUCAGUGUAAAAGAGUUGAGUUUUAUCUGAACACAAUUCGAAAUAUACCUUGUAACUCUAUUGAAUCUCUGUUCACCUUUAGUAACGACACAAAAUUUUAUUCUAAUAAUUUCAAAUGUGACUGUGGAAUAAACUGGAUGGCAGGGGUGCCAGAAUUGCAAUCCCAUCUCUCAAACAACGUAUGCUUAAAUGGAACUAGCUUGGAUGAGUUUUAUACAUCAGAAGCAGUUGCUGCUUGUGGACCAUCGAUUGGCUGUGGCCAAAGUUCUGCUGCGUCCACUGGUGUACCACAUAGCUCUACAAAGAAAAUAACACCAAAAUAUACAACGAAAAUGUCCACGUUCUCAUCAGUAACCACGUCAGUUGAUGAUACAAGAAAAACCCAAGAGACAGCCAAGUCCUCAGGACGCAGUUCUAGCACAGCUUCCCUGACAAAUGACAAAGGAACGUCAAAGGCAACAGACAGCUAUUUACACGUCACAAUACCUACACAACAAAUUCUACAGAAAACAGCAAAAAAAUCAACACGAAUGCCAAAGGUUUCAAGAAAAUUUUUGCCGAAAGUACAAGCCGAUGGAUCUUCAAAUUCAAGCCAAAGUCUCGAAAUAGUUUGUGUGUACUUAUUACUCUUAACUUUUGGAAUAUUGUGA